ACUUUUCCAGCAGCAAGCUAUUUUUGACCGAAAUUGGUCAAACUAUUUCAAUGUUGUGCAUUUCUAUCGGCUGAAUUUGUGCUUUCCAAUCUUCUCGUGGACAAGGUGAUUAUCACGCCGAAAUUGGCUAAAGGAAUAAGGAAGCAGUUACAUUACAACAAUGCCAUCGCCUUCGGCAGCAUCAUGGGUAAAGUUCUUUACAAACGCCGAUAUUCCGUCUCCCGCUGCAGCAACGUACGCUCACGUGUUCGUCGAAAACCGGAUCCAGCUGGACAUGCUGAUGGAUCUUAACAAGGAGUAUCUCCGGGAAAUGGGUAUAACAACGAUGGGCGAUAUUAUUGCGAUCCUACGCCAUGCUAAACGAGUAGCCGAACAGAGUGCCAGAGAAAAGGUACUCUCUGUGCCCGAGAAUGAGCCUGGGGUUCCUGUGGCCACGGUGUCCGGCACGCCAAACACUGGAACCGGUAGCAAUGUGAAAAAGACAGAGAAGCCGGGAACUGCAUCACGGACAGUUUCAUCAAUCGGUCCGGUAUCAACCGAGCCAAAACCCAGACGUGUGCUACCGGAGCAUGAAGGAAAAUACAAGAUCACUCUCCCUACCGGAAGUACAGCGCGUAGCAGGCAAAUUCUUGAGAAGAAGGAAGCAAAACCAACACCUUCCAUAGAUGAGAAGCCAACCGGGAGGGUGGGUGUCAAACGAUCCAGCAUUUUCGAUCGACUUAGUAGUGACAAUGAACCACCAGCAAAGUUCAGCUCCACAACGCCAAAGGUGGAACAAACAGUAUCGUGCUCCAUAUUUGCCCGACUUGGUGGCCGAAAGGUGGAUAAUGGCAAAGAUGAUCUGGCAGUUUCGUCAGCGGGAAUUCUGAAAAAAUCCCCAGCCAAACUACCAUCAAUUACUGCGGACCACAAAUAUAACCCUUCGCAACAGAAGGUUAUUUUGGUAAAGAAAAUACCAGCAAAAGCGGUCGCAGUGUCAUCGGACGAGGAAGCUAUAGACUACUAUCCAAAAAUGUCUGGCUAUAGCGUCGACGUAAGCCUUGGAGGAGGCCUGAAGAGCGUUUCGUUUUCCGAGGAAGAUGAGGUACUCGAAAUAGCCCCCAGGAAGGUACGCAUCCAGGGGCAAUCCGAUGGAGCUGCUGGAGGGGUUCGACCUCGUUUCAGUGAAGAGCCAGUUUCCGUUAAGCAACGGUUAGGCGGUGGAGGAAUGGGAAAGGCGACGGUAGCUGCUGUCAAUCGGGUGUCGUCCUUACACGGUACGAAGAAAGUGGUUCAAAUGAAGCACACAACGUCUCCGAGGGCUGCGAAAAGGGUGUCUCCAUCGCGCGUUAGUUUGCAAUCGGAUGCCAUGAUGCAGGCGCCGAAACAACCGAUCAAAAACCGCCUCAGCCUAGGCUCACAGGGUGAUACGAAAUCAUUGUCGAAACGCGUUGAAAGAUUCAGCCUCGAUUCUAAGCUUGCUAAAGUUGGUAAAGUGGCUGGUAAGAGCAACGGCAGCGUUUUUGAUCGUUUAGGCUAUAAUCGGAAGUGAAUGUAACAUAGGAUAAGUUCAUCGUCUCUCAAAUAAAUAUAAUUCAAAAUGUGUACUAACAGGAAAAAACAGGGAUUUUCAGAUGAUAUCAUAACAGCAGCAACAUUAUUUCUAACUGCAGCACAUCAUAUUCCAAUUGCACCAGUUGAUUCAAUGUUGAAUCCGUUUGAAUCGAAUAGUGAAUCAAAACGGAACUUGUCGAACUAAUCGAUUUUUGCCUGCGCAUUCGUGCUUCUUAUGCAGCGAUGACCUAUGCAAGUUGCGUACUUCGCUCAAGCUGCUAUACCAGGAUUAUAAUAUCAACUGCUACGAUUCUGACUUCAACUGACAAAGUUAUAAUAAACAUGAUCGCGUUAUAAAAUCAACUGAUGCAGUUGGAAUGUGAUGUGCUGCAGUUAGAAAUAA